AUGGCGCCCACGGCCUGCCUCCGGAUCCCCUUCCUCCCCGUCCGAGCCCGCUCCGCCAACGCCAACGCCACCCCGUUCUCGCCACCCCGCCGCCUUUCCCUCAAAUGCAGCGCCGCCGACGGUGACAACCCCAACCCUAAUUCCAUCUCCAUCUCUCCCGCAUCGCCGCCUGGGUUAACGGUGUCAGACGGCGUCGAGUCUGUGGACGUGAACGGGUUGCGUCGCCCGCCCGCGCCUGUCUCCGCCCCCACCGUCCCCGGCGCCCGCGAUCCCCACUGGCUGCCUCGGCCACUCACUAGCGCGGACAUCAUGGAGGCGGACGGGAAGGGGCUCAAGGUUGCUUACCAGGGUUGCGCUGGGGCGUACAGCGAAGCGGCAGCAAAGAAGGCGUACCCGAAUUGUGAGACUGUGCCCUGUGAGCACUUUGACACUGCAUUUCAGGCUGUUGAAAACUGGGUAGCUGAUAGGGCAGUACUGCCACUUGAGAAUUCAUUGGGAGGUAGCAUACAUCGGAACUAUGAUCUUUUGCUUCGGCAUAGUUUGCACAUUGUUGGAGAAGUUCGCCUUGCGGUUCGCCAUUGCUUGUUAGCCAAUCCUGGCGUGAAGAUUGAAAACCUUAAAAGUGCUAUGAGUCAUCCCCAGGCUCUUGCGCAAUGUGAGCACACAUUAACAGGACUAGGAAUUGAGCAUAGAGAGGCUGUUGAUGACACUGCUGGUGCAGCAAAGAUUGUUGCAGAACAUAUGCUCCAGGACACUGGUGCUAUUGCUAGUUCAUUGGCUGCUAAACUCUAUGGAUUGGAUGUUCUUGCUGAGAAUAUUCAGGAUGACAAAGAUAAUGUCACCCGUUUUAUGAUGCUAGCUCGAGAACCCAUCAUACCUCGCACUGAUAAACCAUUUAAGACAAGCAUAGUCUUUUCACUAGAAGAAGGACCUGGACAGCUCUUCAAGGCGCUUGCUGUAUUCGCAAUGAGGGAAAUAAACCUCACAAAGAUCGAAAGUCGUCCACACAAAGAAAGGCCUCUUCGAGACUGUUCCUCACUCUUAAAGAACUUUGAUUACCUCUUUUACGUUGACCUUGAAGCAUCAAUGGCUGAUCCAAAGACCCAGAAUGCUCUUGGAAAUCUGAAGGAGUUUGCAACCUUUUUAAGAGUCCUCGGAAGCUAUCCUACAGAUGUGAAUGAACCUUAG